UUCAGGAGACUAGAGACCUGCUGCAGGAAACGGUUUCUCUGCUUUGCAAGAGAGCGAGAAGGAGACACUAGUUCCGGAGACACUCUGCAUGGGGGCCCUGUAUGAACCGAUCCUAGGUGAGUCCUGCAGGAGAGAAUGCAUCAGGCCCAAGAGCAGACAGAGAGCAGCUGGUCUUGGGUGGUGCUGCUGGCCACCGUGGUAACGCAAGGCCUGACACUGGGCUUCCCGACUUGUAUUGGUAUCUUCUUCACUGACCUCCAACGUGAUUUCCAAGCCAGCAAUAGCGAGACAUCCUGGUUUCCCUCCAUCCAGAUUUCAUUACUUCAUGCUGGAGGGCCCAUUUGCAGUAUGCUGGUGGAGCACUUUGGUUGCCGCGUGACAGUGAUGCUAGGGGGAGUCCUGGCCAGCUCAGGCAUGGUGGCCAGCUCCUUCUCCCGCUCCCUUAGCCAGCUCUACAUCACAGCCGGAUUCAUCACAGGCCUAGGGAUGUCCUUCAGCUUUCAGGCAGGCAUCACAGUGUUGGGAUACUACUUCUUCUACCAUCGGACACUGGCCAACGCAUUGGCCUCAGCUGGGGUCUCCAUUGGUAUCACGCUCUGGCCUCUGCUUUCCCGUUACCUCUUGGAGUCCUUCGGAUGGAGAGGCACCUUCUUGAUCUUUGGCGGGGUCUUCCUUCAUUGCUGCGUCUGUGGGGCCGUCAUGAGGCCCGUGGCACUUAAGGCUGAGUCAGCCUACCCCCUACCCAACAAGGCCCCUGAACCGGGCUGUCUGUUGACUUGUGGCCAGGCUGUGCGGCGACAUCUGGCUUUUGAUGUCUUCCUCCAGAACCAGGGCUACCGCUUCUAUACCCUGGGUGUAGUGUGGAUGCUGAUGGGCUUCACAGUGCCCCACAUCUUCCUGGUGCCCUUUGCUUUGAGCCAUGACGUGGAAGAACACAAGGCUGCUUUGCUUAUCUCCAUCAUUGGCUUCAGCAACAUAUUCAUUAGACCCAUGAUUGGGGUGGUAGCUGGCCGGUCAAUGUUUGCAGGUCACCGUGUGUUCCUUUUUGCAUUGGCAGUCUUGUUAAAUGGGCUGAGCAACCUCAUUUGCGUUAUCUCAGCCAGCUUCACUGUGCUAGUUUUUUAUUGCGUGGUGUACAGCUUCUCCAUGAGCGGCAUCGGGGCUCUCGUCUUCCAGGUGCUCAUGGAUAUAGUGCCCAUGAACAGAUUCUCCAGUGCCUUGGGUCUCUUCACCAUCCUUGAAAGUUUCACCAUCCUUGUAUCUCCUCCACUGGCUGGUCUACUUUUGGAUACUACUGGCAACUUCAGCUAUAUUUUCUACAUGUCCAGCUUCUUCCUCAUCUCAGCUGCAUUCUUCAUAGGUAUCAGCUUCUUCAUCUUGAAGAAGAAGAAGAAAGAGAAGCAAAUAAUGGACAUAGUCCAUGAGGAGCCUAUUGUAGAAAAGGAGCUUAACCUGAGAAACACAGAGGAGCCUGUGACUCAGUCACACUCAGCAGUCACAUAUGUGACGUAUGUGACAAGCGUCUGAGCUAAGGAACUCUAGAGGGCAAAGACUAUAAAUUCUUUCUAAUUUCA